GAAACCCAGUUGACGUGUUACCAUGGUAACAGUGCACCACUGGGUAUUCCUCCGCUCCUGAAUAUCUUUUACACCCUAUUAGCGAUCUGGAGGAUCAUACCAUUACCUAGUGACAUGUAAAGUAUUAAUUAGUAUAUUGUCUCAGUGGAACCUAAAAGAAAUAAGAUGUCUGAUAUUUUGUGCAGGUGGCUGAACGAAGAGCUCCGGCUAUCACAAGCGGUCGAGCCAAAGACAUUUGCCAAGAAUUUCUCCAAUGGUUACCUAAUUGGGGAGGUUCUGCAUAAAUAUCAGUUGCAGAAGGAUUUCACUAUGUUUACAAAGAAAGACACCUCCAUCUCCAAACUGAAUAAUUUUACCCGCCUUGAGCCUACUCUUCAUUUACUGGGGAUCUCCUUCGACAUAAACACAGCCCAGGACCUGAUGCAGGAGAAGCACGGUGUUGCCACACGCAUCCUUUACCAACUCUAUGUCUCACUUGAAAAGAAGAAGAAAGCACAAAUCAGUGAGACAGUGAUGGAAAUCAUGCAGCCUGCAGCCAAAGCUGGCCUGCACAAAAAAGAGCAUGAGAUCUACUCUGAUCGACUGCAUCAGGUUGUGAAACGUGAUGCAGAGCUGAAACUGCAAAAAAUUUCUCAGCACUAUGAGGAGAAAUGCCAGCAGUGGAACGACAGGUCUGUGAUGAUCCAUCCGGUCCAGCAGACGAGACAACUCAAAGUCCAAGAUCUCCAGAGGAUGAAGAAUAUUGAGAAGGGCACUAUUGUCCCAGUUCCCAAGCCACCACCCUACAAUCUCAACGCAAAGAGGAGGCAACAUCAGCAGCUACAAAGAGCAAGACAAGCACAGAUGGUCCAGACAGAAAUAGCACAAUUUGAGACAAACAGGAAGAAGCUGGUUACUUGUGGCUUUGCUUCCUCUUCAAGUGGUCAGCCCUUCUCUUCAGAUCUUUCCCUUGGUAGCAGCAACCAGGGCUGUGAUGUGCCUGGAAAUGGAGCUAAGCUGAUUUUACAGUCCAAUAGCAAGUAUAUACAGGACAUCAGACAGAGGCUGACAGAGAAUGCUGUUUCUCGUGAGCAGAGGGAAAAAAGAGUAGACAGAUUCCUGGUGGAGCAGUUCAAGACACAUGAAGCUCGAGAGGAGGCACGACGAGAGGAGCAGCUGGUGAAACGUCUGACGCGUCAGACUCAGCAGGAGCAGCGUUUGGCAGCUCAGCUCCUUCAGAUACGUCGUCAGAAGGAGGUGAUCCAAGAGAAUCGCCUGUUCAGAGAGCAGCAGUACCAGCAGCGGAGAGAGAGGGACUUCCAGGAAGCUCUGGAGAGGGAGGCGGCUUUGGCUCGGCAGGCUAAGUUGGAACGUGCUGAAGAGACCAGGAAGGAGCUUGAGUUCUGUAACAGGAUUGCUGUUGAGCGAGCUCAAAGCAAGCACAAGAAGCACAUUGUGACCUGCAAGGACAUUUUGGAGCAGAUAGUGGACUUGGCCACCAAGGUUGGAGAAUAUCGACUGCUCACUGGGAAUCUCAUUCCAGAGAAGCAGAUGAGCGAGUGGAAAGAGUUGCUGUUCAGUGGACUGCCUCUCUAUGAGCCGAUUAAGGGCCACCAGCCAGGGGUUGAGUCCUCUGCCUCACUAGAGCCUGUAGAGCUUAAGAAGCAGGAGAUACUCAAUAACCAGGACUAUGAUGAAUACACUAACAUGGUAGGCGAGUGGGCAUGGCGAGAGGAAGCAGGGGAGACUGAAUUACCCCCAACCAACAACAACAUCCUUGGUCAUGUCAUUGCGAAACUGAGGAACAUGAUUCAUCAGCCCAUCGUGGAACCCUCCUCCGUUUCAUUUCCUCAUUUUACCCUCAAGGCCUGUGUCCUGGGCAAGUUUUGCUCUGGCAAGACCACUUGCUUGGCCAAGAUUGCUAAAGCCCAUGGCAUCUAUGUCUUAUCAGCUAACACACUGAUAGAGGAGGUGCUGAAUGCUUACCGGAAAGAAGAGAAGAAUUUACAGGUCACAGAGCCACAAGAAGAGAACCAUGGUGGCACGUUGAAUACAUCCUCCACAUCACUGAAACGUGAUUUUGACACUCAAGAGGAGAGCAGAAACAAUAACGUAAGACUGUCUACCAGGGCCAUGCAGGGAGCAGCUGCAGAAGAAGAGCUGAGGAAAGGCAAUGCCAUCCCAAAUGAGCUGUUAGUGGACAUUAUAGUAGAGGCUAUCAGGCAAAUUCCAGCUCAGUCAGGCUGGAUCCUGGAUGGCUUUCCCCAGCACAUCACCCAGGCCCACAUGCUAGAGAAAUCCCUGGGUGGAUCUGUAGAUAUAGGGAAUCCCGCUGUAAGCAACAGGACGAACCUUGCUGCUGAUCCUAAUCCACCAAAACCCCCACCACCACCAGCUCCUGUUCUGGAUCUGGCUCUGCUGCUGGAUAUCCCUGAUGAGUGUGUGAUCACACGUGCAUUCAGUGAUACAGAUGCAGAUGCAGAUGCAGACGCAGAUGCAGAUGCAGAUGCAGAUGCAGAUGCAGAUGCAGAUGCAGAUACUACAACUGCAACAACCUCUGGUCCCACUGACAAGACCUUGUAUCUUGCACAGAUUCCACACAGGAUCACAGCUUUUCAGGACACCUGGUCAAAACUGGAGGAUUGGUUUGGUGGAAAGCAAAACAUUUUGGUCCGUGUUGAUGCAGAUGUAGAUGAGGAAGAGCUUUACAAGAGAUUGGAGUCUGUCCUGCAGCAAGUUAUGAUGCGAGCACAGCACGAUGUAGAGUUGAACAGUGGGAAAGCUCGAGACUCCUCCUCUUCAGCCACACCUGUAGACCAACCUCCAGAUAGCACAGAUGCAACUCCUGGCGCCACAACGUCCCAUUCCAGCCUAAAUGCGAAAGAAACUGAAAGCUUGAAGUCACUUUCCAAAUCCAACACGCACUCUCCCAGAGGACACUCAUCUUCAAAAGCAUCACCUUCCUCAGUGACCAAUGAAGACCCUGAGAGAGUCCCAAAGAACCCACCUGAGUUAACCUCUCCUUGCCCAGGUUCAUCCAGCUGGGUCUAUGUGGAUGAGCCUCUUCCUCCAGUGAUGCCAGAGUACUUAUGCUCGCACUGGGACGCAAUGUGCAAUUCUUAUGUUAGCAACAUAAAGACAGUGAUGCAGCAGUUGCGCACGCAACGCACUGUUAUUAACCAUCGCCUAUAUAACAUCAGCGAGGACUACAAGCAUUACCUGACGCGUCCUGACUUGAAGCAGGAAUUGGUGUCUCAGUGGCAGAAGGACUUCAACAGCAUACCUGAUGAUAUGAGAGAAGAUGAGGAAACCAAAGCAGAACUACAUAUGAGACUGGAUGAACUGUGUGAACGUUUGUGGGACGUUAGUGAUAAGCGCAAAGAGGAGGACGAGCAAGAAAGGGCUGCUCUCAUGGAUGAAGGCUGGUUGGAGGACCACACUGCCACCCUCAUAAACCACCACUCUAUACUCAUGCAGGUGGAGCUGGACCGUUUCCAGGCCACACUCCGUAUUCUCAGAGCCUUCUAUAUGAGUAUGAACAGUCAGGUGCUGCCUGAACUCCCUUCCAGCUUAGCUUGUAUCUCCUUACUGGACUCAACUGAAAUUAAGGACCAGAAUGAAAGUACCGAUCCAGCGGACACAAGCAUGGAUGACGGGGAGGACAAGAGGAAGACUAAAUUGACUCCCCACCUCCCCAGGCAUCCUGACUUCCCAGGGAAAGUCUCCAAGACACAAGUCCAGGGUCAGGCAGAAUCUGUCCAGCCACCCCAUGAGAAAUUGAUCUCCGACUAUGAAGAGGCAAUCACAGCUAUCAGCAAACUGGUGUUAGAGGAAGCCCAGCAGGGGGAGACGAAAGAGCAGAUGAAGAGCCUGCCAGGGAAGGAGAGUGCAAAGGCAUCUGUAAAGGGAAAGCGGUCAUCAAAAAAACAGAAAGGUCCACCUUCCCCAUCUCCUGUACCCAGCCCUGCACCAGCUGAUGACAACAGCCGUGAUCAAGAAGCCGAAAACAAAAUAUUUAAAGAAUAUGCAGCUGCACUGCAUCAUGAGGAGAACAGAGCAAAGGUGUACAUUGCUCUAGUGAAAGGUCAUGGUUUAGUCAUGGUGCACUCCCUGCAAAACAGAGCUGAGCAGACACUACACAACAUGCAGAAGUGGUUAGAAGCACACUAUCUUGCAGAAAUGAAGAGUAUUGAACAGCUAAUAGAAGUGGCUCGCCAUCACAUAGAGGCUGGUGCUAAGCUGCAGAAUGACUUGGUGUUGGAAGGUACUGACUUCUGUUUGAGUAGAGAAUGCUACAUGGAGGCUAGCCUGCCUCCACGUCCACCUACUCUGGAGAAACCCUUAAGGUCAACCCCAACCAUCACUCAGCUAGAGUCACUCUACCAACAGUUAUGCACUGUUGCUGCGUCAGGCCUCAUAUCCAGUUCAGAGUUCUUCAGGUUACUCACCGAUAUGGUAUCCAUUAACAUGGCUAGCAACACCUUGCCUGAGCCCUGGUUCAACAUGAACGAAACACAGUUGAUGGAGAUUGUAUCUCUGCUAAGGGACAACUCUGAGCUGAUAGACUGGCGUCAGUUUCUGCUCAGUGCUGCCCUCCCUUGGCCAUUUCCCUCUUUAACGCAGCUGCUGUUAGUGCUCCAACGUUUCAAGACAGCAGAUAUUGGCCACACAGGCUACAUAAAUGAGGAACAGUUCCUCCAGACAGAGAUGUGGUUUUCCAAUGAGCGUGUCCAGCCUGUCCCUCAGGACCCCUCUGAGCCUUUACCUUACGACCGUCUAGCUAACCUGCGCAAGUUCUUUUUUAAGUUGUUUGCAGACCACUCUGUCUCUCCUCCUCGACUGGACUAUGUCUCAAUGCUGCAGUACUUUGCAGCUGACCCUAACCCCAGACAGGGCUUCAUCAGAGCACUCAGUGUGGUGCUGGGACAACAUCUCAGACACUCCUCAUCAGGCCACCUCGUCAAGUCUAUGCCCUGUAUAGAAGAGGCUAUAGAGCUGAGCUCCUCAGAACUUGAUGCAGAGUACAACCAAGACGAGUCUCCAUGUACAUCAAGCACUUUGUUGAGGGAGCAGGAAGUUUCCAUGCCAGCUCUCCUUGCUGUCAUCUGUCACAAAGUUACCAAGGUGAAAGAGGGGUACUCCAUUCCUUCAGGCUGCCUGAGUCAGGAAGAGCACACUGAGUGCUUGGUGCACACUUUCAGAGAUCUGGGCUGCAAGCCUGAGGACUGUGUCCCCUUCUCAGUUCUCUCUCAGCAUCCUUUCAUCCAGAGCCUGAUGGAGACCUCAACACAGUACCAGCUUGUAAAUGUUCACACGGUGUUAAUGUCCCAUCAAGAUCAAGAGGCUAACAGCUUGACAGUUUCCUAAAGCAUAAGGCAUAUAUAGUUCAAAUACAUACUGCUGCCUGUACUUUUACAUUUAAAAUAUCUGCUAAAAUGGAUUACUUAUUUCAUUGUUGAAUAAAUAGCUAGUGUCAGAAUGCA